AUGGACACCACGACUGCCUCGGCCGGCAUGAUGCGUCGCCGACACAAGCGCACUUUGGAAGCUGUCAGACCUCUCGAACGCGAUGUUGUAGGCGACGCCCUCAAUGGAGUAGUCGACGUAGUCAAUAGUGUCGCGCACGUUGGUGGCGACGUUCUGCUGAAGACCACACCCGCACUCGGUCAACUGGGCAUCAAGAGAGACGCUGGAAAGGUCGUCGAAGCCGUUAUCAAUCUUCCCCCAGCGAUCGUGUACGACGUGGCACAUGUCGCGGGCGACGCUGUUGAGAUUGCAGCAAGUGGCGCUGCUGGCCUCGGGCUCAAGAGGGACGUCGGCGCUGCAGUUGGAGAUGCUGUCAAUCUUCCCGUUGCUGCGGUGAACAAUGUGGGUCACGUAGCGGGCGACGCUGUCAGAAUUGUGGCCAGCGUCGUUGGUGGACUCGGGCUGCGCGACGAUGACGUGCAAGCUUCUGAGUUGGCCGAGCGAGGGCUCAUCUCCGGCGUUUUGAACGGUGUUGGAGACCUCGUCGGUGGCUUGCUUGGAGGGCAUAAGCAGCAGCCGCAACCUCAGCCUCAACCUUCCCCGCAACCAGCACCCCAACCUUCCCCACAGCCAGCUCCGCCUUCCAACAAUGGAGGAAACAACAACGGUGGCGGUGGUGGAGGUGGCGGUGGUGGCGGUGGAGAAGCCGGGAAGGGGGACAAUGGAGGUAACAGUGGCGGAUCUUCUGGCAACGGUAACAACAACAACAAUAACCACAGCGGCGGGCAGAGCUCCGGCAACAGUGGGACUGGAGCUAGCGACAGGGGCAACACUUCUGACGGAGGCGGCGCGCCAAGCUCUAAUGGCCAAGGUGACAGCAGGCAAGGCACCAAUUCUGCCGCCUCGAGUGAUCAGGCACCAGCUGAUGCGCAGCGCACCAGCGCUUCAAACUCCAACGCCGGCGGCACGGGGGCCAACAGCAGCUCGAGUCCUGGCUCCGAAGGCGUUGUAGCCGCUCAGGACGACGACGACUCUGCUUCGACGUCGAUAGCGAGCGAUGCGCAACGUGCCGCGGAUGUGAAUGGCGCAUCGCAGACCAUCAGCUUCACGGACGCCAACGGAAGCCUUCAGACAUCAAUCGUCGCUGCUCCAACGAGCACAGGUCUCCCAGAUGGCAACGGUGGUCACACCACACCGUCCGUCGUGGAUGCAAACUCUCCAGAUCCGGGCAAAUCGGACGGGUCGAAGAUUGGUGUACCGAUCGGCAUCGUUGCCGCCCUCAUUGCGGGUGCUCUUCUAGUUUUCAUCGUCAUGCGUAGACGCCGAAAUGCUGUCAAGGAGCGUAGAGCUAGUCACUAUCCGGGUUACACCGUCGCCGGAAGCCGCAACGCCAAGGGUCUCAGCGGAGAAAGCUGGCUCAGACGACCCACAACGACUUACUACGGUGCAGCGGAUGGCACGGAUGACAACGCUGCUCAAGACCCCUUCCACGACGAGGCGGAAGAGCCUCACAUGAGCGAGCGUCAUCACGCGCGUCUGAGCAUGGCCCCUUCGUACUCGGAUGAGGUCCGAUCAAUUUCACCUCCCGCUAUGGCAGCUGGCAUUUCUAACAACGCGGCAGGCCAAUUCUACAAUCUCCCUUCGGCACAAGCCGGCUCUCGCAUAAGCGGGACAGAUGCGUACCAGACGGCAGAAUCACGCGAAACUCACAUGUCCAUCAAUUCUGAGGCCGAGACUUCCCACGCUCACAGUGUUGGUCUCAAUCACUACAUGCAGGAGAUGGAAGACAACCUUGCCGGCCACGGCAACGGCACAGCGGCUGCCGGCACAUUCGGAGCGAAGACCUCCUCGGCGGCGUCUCAUUCCAACUACAGCGCAGACCGCAGCAGUCAGACCACCUCCUCUCAGCAUGCUUCUCUCUCUUCCGUUGGCGGUGUUGCGCGCUACAUAUCUCGCGAAGAGUUCAGAGCUCGCCACCGCAAGCAGGCUUCUUCCACUAACCGCACAGAGUACAUGUACUACGACGGAAGUGUCACCAAGAACAACGGCUACCAAUCGCGCCAGCCUGGUAUGGAUGCUGCCGGUGCAGCUGUGAGCGCCUCCAAGUCCUUUUCUCCCUACAAGGAGCUGCAAAGAGGAACUCGUGUCGCACGCUACUCGACCGGCUCUGAUCCUUUCCUCGAUGCCACCUCGGACAUUGACAGUGGACCUUUCAGAGACUCUGUUGGAUCUGAUACGCAACCACAGCUCAAGGAUGCAGUCCAAGACCCACCUCGACGCGAUACCAAGGUCAAAUUUGGGAGGGAUUCGAUCAUCGAGAGGUCUGCACCUCCCUCGGUCGUCGUCGUCGACCACGAUGCUGAAUCUAUCGACGAGUAUGCACAGCAUGGCGAAGACCUCUUGAGCGGCCAAGCUGAUCCCUUUGGCAACGACAACCGUCGGUCUCAGCAUGCUCGCAGCGGACACGAGAGGGACAGCCGCGCUAGCAGCCAGUAUGCUAGCUAG